AUGGAUCCUUCCAACUCUUCCCACAAUGCAAAAAUGUUCAUGGAUUAUAUGAAUGAUGAUAUAGAUGAACAACUUGUGAUGCCGCUUAUGGAAGAAGAAUCCUCGAGAUCUAAAAGGCCUAGACAUCAAAGAAGGAAUAUAGAGAGGAAUCGUGAAGAGGGACAUGAUCGAUUAUUCAAUGAUUGUUUUUCAGAAACUCCGGUAUACACGAAUGAGCAGUUUCGUCGAAGGUAUCGAAUGUAUAAACAUGUGUUCCUUCGUAUUGUGGAAGCUCUGGGUCAAUACGGUGAGUAUUUUCGAAUGAUGGUUGAUGCAACUGGUAGGUCAAGUCUUUCACCAUUACAAAAAUGCAUUGUUGUUAUCCGUAUGUUGGCAUAUGGAACAUCUGCUAAUAUUGUGGAUGACUAUUUGAGAAUUGAUGAAACCGUGACACUAUAA